AUUCAGUUGGCAAUGACAAUCAAUACCUUCCUUUGUUUAUUUAUGAAGUUUGUUAUUUUUUCAUGAAAGUUAGUUUUGUUGUUUAGAAUAUUUAUUAUAGAUAGGUUAAAAUGGGCAAAAAUAAGACCAUUCCAAGUGGAGAACGGACAAUAAUUUUACGAGUUCUCCACUUUUUCGAGGAAGAAAAGAAAAAGGGUUCACCUUUGCUUCCAUUGAAGAAAGCGUUAAGCAGGACGAGUACUGCCACUGGAGUCAGUCUUAGUACAAUAACGCGUAUAAAAAAGGAAGAACUUAAGAUUCUUAAGGAAAUGUCAUUGUCAGCAGCCCCGGAAGUCACUCCAACAGAAACAUCAACACUUGUUCCAAAACCACGGCCAACUGUGGUGCUGCCAACCCCAGGAAAGAAACGCCGGCCUGCCUACAACAAAUUAGAAAUUGACGAAUUCACAAUUAGCUCAAUAAAGAAAAUAGUAAAUGACUUCCACAAGGAAAAGAAGGAACUGCCAACGUUGAAAAAAAUUUUAGCUGUUGCAAAAGCGGAUUUCAACUUUCCAGGACAAAAAGAGACGCUGCGUAAAAUUUUAAGAGAAAAAUGCGGUUUUAUGUUUACAAAAUGCAUGAAGAAAAAGAAUCUGUUGCGAGGUGGCAACGAGAUUGGUUUUUGGCGUGCUCGUAAUACGAAAGGCAAGCAGAAAAAGCAGUUGAAUAAAAAGAAGGUUAAAAAUGAAGAGAAAGCAAGCUGCUGUGGAAUUGAUAAUGAACUUAAUGAAGAUGAAAUACAAAAUAAUAUCAGCGAUAAACAACAUGAUAUUAGUGAAUUAAAAAUUGAAAUGCACAAAAUUAACAAUGCACUUGAUGAAACUGAUAAAGUGCAGAAUGAAUUCUGUAGUAUGAAAAAUGAACAGAAUCUCACAAAUAGAAGCUCAUUCGAUUGGUUUUCGAGUACAAAUGAGGCUUUAUUGAAUGAUUGAAAUAUACUUAAACCCUUAGAUCCUGGAGAUAAUAAAAACAAUUGAACAACAAUUGUUUAGUAGAUUAAUUGAUUUAUAAAUAAGAAUAAUAUAGCAGAGUCGAAGCUCUGAUAUUUUGGUUGUUGUAGGUUACAAUU